AUGCAAACUAUACAGAGAAAUAUAUUAUCAUCAUCACAUAAUAAUAAUAAUAAUAAUAAUAAUAAUCAUCAUAUUCAUCAUCAUCGUAAUCAUGUGGAAACUCUCUUUUCUCAACUCGAGCAAAGUACACGUAAUCCUGUGAAACUCUACCGUCGUCUCCUGCGGCAUGCUGUUACUCAACUCGAUAGUGUAUUAACAGAGAGAGAAGAACUGCAGGGAGAAGUGCGGUAUUUACAAUGGAGACAUGAGGAACAGGAGAAGCGACUAGAGAGUUUAUUAAAGGAAUUUCACAUGUUAAGAGAAUAUGUACAGCAUAAUCUCCAUUUAACACAGGAUAAAGGAUCUAAAGAGAGAAAAGUAGGAAAAAGUACUUUUCUCUCUUUAGAUCCUUUAUCCACAAUGUCAACAUCGAUAGUAUCAUCAAAUAGAUCUACAAGAAGAAGUAAGAAGGUUUAUCCUUGUGUAGAUGAGAAACAAUAUGCAGGCGUGGGUUCCACACCAUCUCCUUCCACUCUAUCCACUUCAUCCCUACAGAGUUUGACAAAGGGUAAUAAUAAUAAUAAUAAUCAUACUUAUAAUAAUAAUAAUAAUAAUAAUAAGGCUUGUUUAACAGAGAUGGAAAAGGAUAGUCCAAUGAUGGAACAAGUUUUAGGAGAUUUAUUUCUCUUCAUUAUGAACACCGAGAAGAGUGUAAAUGAGGAGGAUGACAAUAUAAACACAAAAACAUAUAAACUUCAUGGAAAUGCCAAUGGAUUAUAUGAGGCGGUGAAAGCAUCUAUUCGACUCUUUAAGAAACGAGAGGCCACACUACGGAAUCGUGUGAAGAGAUUAGAAGAAAUGAUGGAAAAGAAUGAAAAACAGAGAUUGAAUACUCGCAUGAAGGCAAAAGAUCACACAAGAUCGGAAUGGCGGCGAAACUGUAAAGAAGAAGAAGAAGAAGAAGAAAAUAUAUUAUUAUCAUUAUCAUCACCGCAGACUUCUCCAGUAAUGACGGUACCGGUUAGAGAUAAUAAUAAUAAUAAUAAUAAUACUCAUCAUUAUCAUUAUAAUAAUAAUAGUAGUGUUGAGAUGCAUGAUAGUAAUAAUGAUACUGAUAGUAUUGAUACUAUUCGUGGUGUUUGUGAUGUCAUACCUCCCAGUAGUUCGACGUGUUCUUCUCCAUCUUCCUUCUCUACUCGCAUCUAUCCUUCUAAUAAAAAUAAUAAUAAUAAUAAUAAUAAUAAUAAUAAUAAUAAUAAUAAUAAUAAUAAUAAUAAUAAUAAUAAUAAUAAUAAUAAUAAUAAUAAUAAUAAUAAUAAUAAUAAUAAUAAUAAUAAAGAAGAAGAGGAAGAAGAAGAGGAAUGUAUGACCACAUUAGAGAUGUUGGAUGCUGAGAAGAAGAGAAGGAGGAGUGAUGGAUUACACUGUGAAGAUGAGAAGACAUUAAAUGAUCUUGUGGGCGAAGUGGAGUUUAUGGAGUACAUGAACUGGAAGCGGGGAUUCCUGCAGGAACUUGUUUCUAAGGAAUAA